AUUAAUCCUUGGGAACUAUAUAUACGGUAAGCUUUAUAGCUCCACUUCUACAUAUUGAAAUUCUUAUUUAUUUUCAAGGCUACAAGUAAUCACCAAUAUGAAGACUCAAUCAAGUAAUGCCCUCUUGAUCUUUCUGCUUCUCCUCCUUAUUUCUGGAAAUUGUUGGGGAAGGCAAUUGAGCAGAGACGACGGAUCGGUACUCGCUUUCUGUUGGAAAACAACCAUAGAAAUGGGAGAAUGUAUAUAUGAUAGAUGCCAAAUGGAAUGUGAAAGAAUGCUUGGAACGGCUGCUGUUGCUGACUGUCGUUUGGCAACCAUCAUAUGUGACUGUUAUUUGCAAUGUUGAGAUCAUCAUAAUCAUCACAUAUAUUUUGUGAUCGAUUUUUUUGAAUAAUUUUUUUUUCCACAUAUAUAUAUAUAUAUAUAUAUAUAUAUAUAUAUAAACUAGUCUGUAAUAAGGAUAGAAAUGCUAUAGGCGCUAUGUAUUGUGAUUGAAGUUAUUGAAAUUGCUAUUUGAAUACAAAUUUAAUCAAUAGUGAAAAUGGCAGUUCUUGUGAGAUGAGAAUUUGUACGGGUAUUCCUUUCUGGAAUUCAUGUUAUUGGAACA